GAGAAUCACGUGGGCGAGCCGCGGCUUUGGACGCGGGACCAGCCUUGUCACGUGACCUACGCCCCAGCUUCUCUCAGGGAUGGAGCCGGAAGAGGGGACGCCCUUGCGGCAGCUGCAAAAGCUGCCGGCCGAGCGGGGCCCGCAGCUUCUUCACAAAAUAAUUGAUGGCAUUUGUGGUCGAGCUUAUCCUGUGUACCAAGAUUAUCACAGUGUUUGGGAAUCGGAAGAAUGGAUCCACGUUUUAGAAGAUGUUACCAAAUUUUUCAAAGCUGUAGUUGGUAAAAACUUACCCGAUGAAGAGAUACUUCAGCAAUUGAAUCAGUUGAAUUCAUCUCAUCAGGAAACUAUCAUGAAAUGCGUGAAAAGUAGGAAAGAUGAAAUCAAACAGGCUCUGUUAGGAGAAAUAGUUGCUAUUUCCUCUGCACAGCUACAGGAUUUUGAUUGGCAGGUAAAGCUUGCACUUUCCAGUGACAAGAUUGCUGCAUUACGAAUGCCACUUUUAAGCCUGCAUCUAGAUGUAAAAGAAAAUGGUGAAGUAAAACCAUAUUCUAUUGAAAUGAGUAGAGAGGAACUGCAGAAUCUAAUACAUUCCUUGGAAGCAGCAUAUAAGGUGGUCCUGCAGUUGAAAUAACUGGAAAUGAUGAAUACCAGUGCUAUCAGAUGUUAUUGCUCCAACUUAUAUGGCAGAGUGAAUACUGUGUGUUCAGAAACGCUGCGAUAUCUUGACUCUUACACCAGGCUGAGAAAGCGGCAGUGUUGAUAUUAUAAAAGAUAAAACUUUAUCAACAUUCCUUAACAGGAAAUUACAUGGUUGAGAGGAAAUGCAUAAAAUGAAAGAUGAAAAAUCCAUAGUAGCAGUUUAUAUUUUCAUGAUUGUUUUGCUUCAUUUAUUAAAUAUAUGAGAAAUCUUUGGAGAUACACAGUUUUAUUGAAAGCUAAAAAUAAGUUCUAAUGUAAUGUAAACAUAUAAAGCACAAAUAUACUUGAAUACUGCUUAAAGAAUUAUGUGAAUAGCAACAUAUAUUAUGGAUAUAUAAUUACUUUGUGAUAUUUUUAAAAAUUAACUUUUUCAAAGAAUGUAUUAGCUGCAUAUAUAACUCAGGAGAUUCCAUAUCUUUCUCAUAUUUCAGAGGAAAGUUAUAAAAUGUAAAAUUUCUUAGAGAAUAUCUCUGUCGGAGACAAGAACAAAUACUCUAAACUUAUGUGAGCAAUUUUGAGUUUAUGAAUUCUAGAAACUAAAAUCUCUAGAAUAUAGAAAAAUGAAAGUAACAUUGUUACUUCUGCAUUUCUAUGUUUGGGAAACAUUGCUCUGAGAAAAAACAGAUGUCAUUGUGCAGUGUGUAUAUUAUUCAAAUAUCAGAUUAUGUACAGGUCCACUUUUGUUAAUAAACUCAAUAUUGAAUACUUUUGGAUGUUAACAGAUUCAUUGGAAAAACAAACCAUUUGUAACCUCAGUUAACUUUAAAAACAAGUAUUCUGAGCAAA